AUGCAACAGAAAUAGGGUAUAUUUACUGUGCUUGACAAAAGUAGAAAGCCCAAGAUGUAUUUGGCUAUUGAGGUAGAAAAAAAAUCAAUGCUGAUGGGAAAACUGAGACUAAGUCCUAAUGCACCACCUCCUCUUGAUUUUCCUGAUUUUUCAUGUGGCAUAGUUUCUGGACUGUCGAAUCGUCUUGAUCUGCUCAGAAUUUAAAUAUGUCAAUAACUAAAAUUUGAAAAACUAUCAGAGUUUCCCUUUAAUAUGCAAGAUUCUCAGGAGAAAAUGGAUUUAUAAGAUUCUGUGACACUUUGGUCUAUGCCAGCCUAAAUCUCCAUUAACCCAUCAAGUGCUUAAAGCAAAAGCUUCAAAAUGGCAGAAUGGAUAGAUUUCUCUGAGGUUCCAAAGGAGAGGGAAUAUGAUUCAGCAUUUGAAUCUGAUGCUGAGGUUACUGCCAGAAAACAAAACUUGACAAACUUACUUCCUGGAAAGAAAAAGCAUGACAAAGUUGCUAACAAGCGUCAGCUGGAGGAAGAGCUCAUCAAGGAAGAAGGAAAAGCGUACAGAUCUAAAGCUGUAGCACUUGAUGCUUACUCUCGCCACAAAGAGUUCAUCAACAAUUACCUACUGUACUAUGGUGGAUCAUUGAAAGAAUUCAAAAGGGAUACGUCUAAAGAUAAGACUGAUGCUGAUGUCAUUCGAGAGAAUCAUCAGUUUUUAUGGGAUGAAACAGACGACAGUCUGUCUUGGGAAAAGAAACUGGCUAAGCGCUACUAUGAUAAACUAUUCAAGGAGUAUUGUAUUGCAGAUUUAAGUCGUUACAAAGAAAACAAAAUUGGAAUGAGAUGGAGAACAGAAAAGGAAGUUAUUGAAGGAAAAGGUCAAUUCACUUGUGGGAAUAAAAAAUGCAAUGAAAAUGAAGAAGGUGGAGGUCUAAAAAGUUGGGAAGUGAAUUUUGGUUACCUGGAGUCAGGUGUGAAAAAAAAUGCUCUAGUAAAGCUGCGCCUUUGUCCAGACUGUUCCUACAAACUUAAUUACAGGAAAAAACACAAAGAUGUUUCAAGAAAGAAAGAAGUACACAGAUCUGACGAUAUCAAGAAAUCGCGGCUGGAUGAGGUCUUCCAUUCAGCUGGACCAUCAGAUGGUUAUACAGAAAAGACAGAAGAUGCUAAAGUGACUAAGACAGAAGAAGUGUCCACAAAUAAAGAUAUCUGGAGCCAGCCUGUUGUUUUAACUGAGGAUAAAUCAAGAGAGGAUGAAUUUGACAGUUAUUUCAAGGACAUGUUUUUAUGAAGUCUUUAUCAACAAUUAAUUUUCUGCCCAUGUCUGUGUGAUGUUUUUUGUUUGGUGUAAUGCACAAAUUGUAAGACAAAUUUCCUUACGGAUAAUAAAGAUUAUUAUUAUUAUUAUUAUUAUUAUUUGAGUUAUCCACAUUAUGAAAGUCAAUAAAUAUAUUUCUUAUAAAAUGUGAAGACCCCCAGUAAAAA